CCUGAUGCUGCUGCUGCUGCUGCUGCUGUUGACAUUGGGAGUUGCCGCCCAGAACACUAGAGGCAGCCAUCCCUCCACUACCCUCCCCUGCUCUACUGAUGGACUUCUAGCUGGCAGCUGGUGGCUUCAUCCCUUCCUUGAGCCUUCUGACUGUGGUCCCCAUUGCUAGAGCCCCCACGCCUAUGCUCACUGGUGCCCUCGGAACUCUCCACGUGUCAAUGCCUCCAUGUGUCACUGCUCUCCAUGAUUCAGUUCUUCAUCUGGGGAGACCUUCAGCAGCCUCUUGCAGAGUUGUGAUGCUACAGGGCUUGGGAUGGUAGAGGGGCACGGAAAUGUCGGGGGAGAUGGUGAGGUGUCCAGAGACCUUGGCCCUGAAAGGAACACUAAGCCCUUCAUCAAGGAAAAGAGGGAGGUGACAGGGCAGGGAAAGUACGGGGGAAGUGGACCACAGGUUUUCAUGCUUAGUAGGUAGAGUGUUGAGAGUUUACACAAUGGAGCUGGGAUACCCGGCUUCCAAAUCCAGCUCGCUGCUGACUACAUCUGACACGUAGGAAAUUAUUUCUCCUCUCUAUGCCUCAGUUUGCUUGCCUGUAAAUUGGGGAUCAUCAGUGUAUCUACCCGACAUGGACGGAAUGAGAUUUAAAAUUUAGCUGUGUGAAAAACAGACCUCAACAUGUGUGAACGACCCCAGAGAACAUCCUGUGCACCAUAUGUUGACUGCCAGGGCAUGGACGGGAGAUAUUGCGUGUGUGGUCCAGGGCAGGAGCCUAUUCCUGAGAUGACAUUCCGGAAUGAGAGUGAAAGAAUGUGUCAAGGGCUCUUGGUGCUGCUGCUGUUGACCCUGGGGCCUGUACAGAAACUGAGUGCUUCUGUCCCUGCAAACUGUGCUCCGUGGUGCCCUCCAAAGUCCUCGUGUGUCAACGCCACCGCCUGUCGCUGCUCUCCGGGGUUCACUUCUUCAUCUGGGGAGAUCUUCACCAACCACUUGGAGAGUUGUGAUGACAUCAAUGAGUGUAGCGCACCCUUGAGCGUGUCCUGUGGAGAAUCCGCAGACUGCCAUAACACAGAGGGGAGCUACUACUGCAUGUGCAGCCCAGGAUACAAGCUUGCUUCUGGGGCAAGAACAUUCAAGAGUAAAAGUGAGAACACGUGUCAAGAUGACGAGUCUAAGCAGAAUUACACAGUUCCACCCCUAUACACACAUAGAAAAUUACAUGAUCAGAAGAGACUCCCGUCUAGACAAGAUAACAACAGAAGAUAUCAUGGAGGGCCAGCAGGCAACUUUUUCAAUGGCUGGGCCCCACCCCGUGGAAUCAAGAGCCAGAGACUCUCCCACUUCUUUGAAAGAGUCGAAGAUCUGGCCAGAAAUUUCGUACCAGACUUCGUCCAGGACACCAUCCAGGGCCUCGUACAGGGGGUAGAUGAGCUGCUGCAGACCCCGGAAGACCUGGAGGACCUGCCGCGCUCAGACCAACGCUGUGUGGCCACGAACCUGCUCGUUGGCCUGGAGGAUGCCCUGAGAAACAUGAGCCAGGCCCUGCCCAAUGGAACAUUGACCUUCAAUGCAUCUGCAGGCACAGACCUGUCCCUGAAGGUGCCAGAACAAGGAGACACAAAUGUCAUCUUGAGUCAGAACCAGGCAAAGAUGCUGCUAAAGUUGGAUGAGGUGCACAAAUCUAACGACUCAGGUCCUUCUGUGGUGGGCCUCAUCUCCACUCCAGGGAUGGGCAAGUUACUGGCUGAGGCGCCCCUGGGCCCGGAGCGUAAGCAGCAGGAAGCUGUGCAUGAGCACAAGGACUUGCUGGGAGAGGUCUCCCCUGUCCUGCUCUCAGAUGUUAUCUCUGCCUUCAUAAGCAACAAGGACACCCAGAGCCUCAGCUCCCCCGUCACCUUCAUCCUCUCCCACCAGCCGCUGACCCCUGGGACCACGCAGAAGGUGCUCUGUGUCUUCUGGGAGCACAGUCAGGAUGGAUGCGGCCAUUGGUCCACCACAGGCUGCAGGACGGUGGCCACUGGAGACACCAGCACCACCUGCGAAUGCACCCACCUCAGCAGCUUUGCCGUCCUCAUGGCCCACGACGACGUGCAGUCCCAGGAGGAGGAUCCCAUGCUGGUUGUGAUCACGUACCUGGGGCUGGGCCUCUCUCUGCUGUGCCUCCUCCUGGCAGCCCUCACCUUCCUGCUGUGCAAAGCCAUCCAGAACACCAGCACCUCACUCCACCUGCACCUCUCAAUCUGCCUCUUCCUGGCCCACCUGCUCUUCCUCACAGCCAUCAACCAGACCAAGAUCAAGGUGCUGUGCGGCAUCAUCGCGGGGGCCUUACACUAUCUCUACCUGGCCGCCUUCACCUGGAUGCUGCUGGAGGGUCUGCACCUCUUCCUGACUGCACGCAACCUGACGGUGGUCAACUACUCCGGGCUGAACAGGUUCAUGAAGUGGCUCAUGUUCCCUGUGGGCUAUGGAGUCCCGGCUCUAAUUGUGGCCAUUUCUGCUGCAUCCAGACCUCACCUUUAUGGAACAGCCACCCGAUGCUGGCUCCACACAGACAAAGGAUUUAUAUGGACCUUCCUUGGCCCGGUCUGCACCAUCUUCUCUAUUAAUUUGGUUUUCUUUCUGAUGACCUUCUGGAUUGUGAAAAGCAAGCUCUCUUCACUCAACAGAGAUGUGUCGACCCUCCGGAACACCAGGAUGCUGACAUUUAAGGCAACCGCUCAGCUCCUCAUCCUGGGCUGCACGUGGUGUCUGGGCAUCCUGCAGGUGGGGCCAGCUGCCCACGUCAUGGCUUACCUCUUCACCAUCAUCAACAGCCUACAGGGCGUCUUCAUCUUCCUGGUCUACUGCCUCCUCAGCCAGCAGGUCCGGGAGCAGUACAGGAAAUGGUUCAGAGGGGCCAGAAAAUCCAAAGCCGAAUCUGAGAAGUACACACUCUCAAGUGGGACCAUGUCUGAUGCCUCCAAGCACAGUGUGGAGAAUUAUAAUGAACAGCUAACCCUGGAGAACUUGUCUCUUAGAAAAUGAAGAAAACAUGGAACUGUCAUCUUUUGGGCAAAGACUUAUAUUAAAAAUGCAUUCUCAUGUUUGUUACAAAUAACUCUUCUUGGCACCCCUGUGGCAGAAAGUGGGAAACCUUUGUCAUGCAGAUGCUGGAGAAUUUCGGUUUUCUGGUACAUACAACAUGCUCAUCUCCUUCCCUGUAUAAUCAGGAGCUCUAAUCGAAUACCCCAGGAGAAACCUCCUUUUCCAAAAAAAAGUCUUCCUCAGGUUGAUGAUAUAUAACAAGGAAAAACAACCUCAAAGGACUUCCCUAAAAUAACAUAGGAGAGGAAAGUAAUAUCCAAAUACUUGCCUGUAGAGUAAGCAACUAAUUCCAGUUGCCCAAGACUUUCCUGAUUUUAGUGCUGACAGUAUUACUACCCAAGAAACAUUUUGGUUACAGGCAAAGUAGACCAGUUGGACUCCAUACAUACAGACAUACAUGCCUCAACUUCUUCUCUCUCAAUUUCUGAAGCCCUACUGAUUUAUUCAUUCCAAAAUCAUGUGUUGAAUAAAAAAAAUCCAGUUCCCGAUUUCACAGAGUUUAAAUGUGGAAAAGAAGUUUCAUCAGAUGGAGUAAAAUCAGAAAUAUGAGACUCGAGUCUCUGCAUCUUUACAUUUUAUAAGUUGAGCUGUGGGAAAAGGGGCAGAUUGAUAUAGCACAUUUAUAUGUAACAUAAUAUUUCAUCCUUACCAUGCAGUCUAGGCAGGAUCUUAACCUAGAGUAGUUCCCCCUACAAGACAUUCCUUGUAGGCUCCCCCCCACCACCAAUUUUGUAACAUUUUGAACAUCAAAUAACUGUACAUGAUUAUACUAUUUUAGAUAAACAUAUUCAUUUGUCCAUAGUGAUACCUAGAAGAUCAGUUAACAGAUGUAGAAAAUAUGAUAAAAUUAAAAGAGCAUGAGUCUUUCAAUAUCCCAUAAAUAGCCACUAAAAGCAUUCAGUGAAUGGGUGUUGGAGAACAGGUUGGAACCACAGCACCAAAGAAUCAUUUCCCAAGUCACCGAUUAAUUACAAGGGCCAGAGUGCCCAUUUGCAACAUGGAGAUCUGAUGGCCACCAUCUGAAUUAAUGCUCAGGCUUAAUUACAUCAAUCAUGAACAAACUGACAUUAGAUAUAGCAGAAGAUACAUACAUUCCAUUGUUGAAGUUACAACAUCCCAUUUUUAGUACAUAAAAAAUUGAAAAGUAACUCAGCCUUUAGAGAGAGGACAACCAAACUAUAGCAUGCAGGCCAAAUCCAGGGAACUGCCUGUGUUUGUUAAUUAAGUUUUAUUGGAAAAUUGAUGUAUUGUCUAUGGCUGCUUUCAUUUUUUUAUUAAAAACUUUUUUAAAUU